CUCCAUGGCCAACCCCUCCAAACCUUUCCUCACCUUUCCGCCGUCUUUCUCUUUCGCUGCUCCGAAACUUUGACAGCACCCCCCGUGCCCUGCUGCUCAUUGACGACGGUUGAGCCGGCUUUUUUUUCUCUUCUGUUUCGCAGUCCUUGACCUUUGACCAGCGUUGUUUUCUUCGGCUGUCGGCAACGCUGCUGCGGCCUUAUUGAUGAAUCACCUCGACUCCGCCCCGCCAUUUCGACUCUUGUGAUCCUCCCGCCUCGACGGGCACAGCGCCGCUGAGAGAGCGAUUGUAAACCGACGUUCAUCGUCGCCUCUCUCUCGCUCCUCCCCGCCUCUCGUCCAUGACACAAGUCGGCACUCGACCCCGAAUCCUUUAGACCCCGGCCCCGCACAUCGCCUGUCGAGCAUCAACUAGUCGUCCUGCCCACCAUGCACAUCAAGGAUAUGCUCGCCGAGGCGGAGAAGGGCGCCCAGCCGUCCUUCUCUUUCGAGUACUUUCCGCCCAAGACGGCUCAAGGCGUCCAAAACCUUUACGAACGCAUUGAUCGCAUGUAUAACUUCGGUCCCAAGUUCAUCGACAUAACAUGGGGCGCAGGUGGCCGCAUCGCUGAGCUGACCUGCGAGAUGGUCCUUCAGGCGCAGUCUGUCUACGGUCUCGAGACCUGCAUGCACCUCACGUGCACCGACAUGGGCCUUGAAAAGGUCAACGACGCCCUCAGCAGGGCCUACAAGGCUGGCUGCACCAACAUCCUUGCCCUUCGCGGUGACCCCCCUCGAGACCAAGACAAGUGGACCGCCACCGAAGGCGGCUUCCAGUACGCCCGCGACCUCGUCAAGCAUAUUCGAGCCACCUACGGCAACCAUUUCGACAUUGGCGUCGCUGGUUACCCCGAGGGUUGCGACGACAACAAGAACGAGGAGGAGCUUCUCGAUCAUCUCAAGGAAAAGGUCGACAUGGGCGCCUCUUUCAUCGUCACUCAGAUGUUCUACGACGCCGACAACUUCAUCCGCUGGGUCGGCAAGGUUCGCGAGCGUGGAAUAACCAUCCCUAUCUUGCCCGGAAUCAUGCCCAUCGCCACCUACGCCAGCUUCCUGCGGAGAGCAAACCACAUGCAGUGCAAGGUCCCACCAGAGUGGAUGAGCGUCCUCGAGCCCGUUAAGAACGAUGAUGUCGCUGUUCGUGAGAUAGGAAAGUCACUAGUUGCCGAGAUGUGCCGCAAGUUACUCGCCAAUGGGAUCCAUCAUCUACACUUCUAUACCAUGAACCUCGCCCAAGCCACCCGCAUGGUUUUGGAGGAGCUCAACUGGGCGCCUAGUGCCGAGCGUCCCCUGCAACAUGCUCUGCCUUGGAAGCAGUCAAAGGCCCUGGGCCGCCGCGACGAGGACGUCCGCCCCAUCUUCUGGCGAAACCGGAACAAGUCGUACGUUCUCCGUACGCAGGAUUGGGAUGAGUUUCCCAACGGCCGCUGGGGCGACUCUCGCUCUCCCGCUUUCGGAGAGCUGGAUGCGUAUGGCAUUGGCUUGACGGGCACCAACGAGGCCAACCGCAAGAAAUGGGGCGAGCCCAAGACGGUGCGGGACAUUGCCAACACCUUCGUCAAGUAUCUCGAUCAGGAGAUCGAUUCGCUUCCCUGGAGCGAAUCACCGCUCACGGGCGAAGCGGACGCCAUCAGGGCGGAUCUUGUUGCCCUCAACAAGCGAGGACUCCUGACCAUCAACUCGCAGCCUGCCGUUGACGGCGUCAAGUCCUCGCAUCCAGUACAUGGCUGGGGACCUUCCAACGGCUACGUUUAUCAGAAGGCAUACCUUGAAUUGUUGGUGCCGCCGACCGUCCUCGACCAAAUGAUUGCUCACAUCGACUCGAUACCCACACUGUCCUACUAUGCAGUCACCAAGGAUGGCGAGCUCAAGACAAACGCGCCUUCCGACGGCCCGAACGCCGUCACGUGGGGAGUGUUUCCUGGCAAGGAAAUCGUUCAGCCCACCAUUGUCGAGAGCGUGAGCUUUUUGGCCUGGAGAGACGAGGCCUUCCGUUUGGGCACUGACUGGGCGCACUGCUUCGACUCCAACACUCCGAGCAGAGCACUCCUUGACAAGAUAAUGAAUGAGUGGUAUCUUGUCAAUGUUGUGAACAAUGACUUCCACGAGAACCACACCAUCUUUGAGCUCUUCAAGGAUCUUGAGGUCGAGGGUCUGGACGAGGCGCAGGCUGCCUAAGCCCAGACAACACCGCCUCAUGAUUACAGUUUCAGGAAGCCGCACCGCCCCAACGCAGGGCUUUCUUGAUCGACCGCAGUCGUGGUCUGAAACCGCAUCAACUAGGUUUCUCCUUUAGGCCUAAGGCCAUUUCGAUUUUACCUUUUUACUACUUCGAGCAUCAAUCGGGCGGCGUUGGCACACACUGAGUACGGACAGGCGGGGGGGCACACGGCGCUACUUUUUCAACAAAAAGUUGCACAAUUGAUGAAGGGGGACACGAAUCUACCACGACUAGACUACUUCCCCACACGCGCCACGACUAUUACGCGCCGCUAAGGAGUGUUUGAUUCCUUGGCGCGCUUCGAAUUUUGUUUUCUUGCGGAUGCAUAACUCAUAUCUCAACGAUACCCCGCCUACGGACAGCCAUGUGUUUAGACAGAGAGAUGUGUGAAGCGCCGUGGAGCCGGCUGAUAAACAACGAAUGAAAAGUGGAGAGACUGGAGGGAAAACUAAAUAUUACAUUUAUUGGCAGCCGUGGAAUAUGCUGUUUUGAAUAUACGCCAUGGCACUGGAACAAGCAAUGGUCUGGCCGAACGAGUAUUUUGGUGUACAUACUAUUCUGUACUCAUCCAUGCCCUGGGGAGGUAGCAACUGGCGUCGCAUAUCCGAGACGUUGCAUGACUGGGACUUCGCUGUCGUGGCCGAGCAUCACCGUAGACUGAGCGAGCCCGCGAAGGUGUUCAUCACGUCCAUGUUAUGCGCGCCCACCUCGCUCGAAGCCAAGGAUAGGAUCACCU